GUCACGACCACGACGUCGUUUUAGAAAGACCAAAUUCUUCUUUCACAUCUCAAUCAUCAACCGAUUCAACACUGAAUCGCUACCUUCAACAAUACGCCAACAACAGAACUAAACAGAACACAGUUUCACUCAAAUCGCUUCUUCAGAGUCUCAUUUUUCAUUCUAAAAAUGGACAAAACGACGAUCACCACCGUCGUUUCACUCAUCACAAUUCUCUUCCUCUCAAUCACACCUCCAUCAACGGCUGAGAUCAAAUCUCUCACCAUAACCUCCGAUACCCGACCCAUGAUCCUAUUAGAGAAAUUCGGGUUCACGCACACCGGCCACGUCCGGAUCGCCGUAUCGGAAGUCUCCGUCGCCGCCUCCGGAUCACAGCCGGAUCCAUCUCGUCUCGGAUUCUUCCUCCUCAGCGAAGAAUCGCUUCUUCAAGUCCUAAUUGAGAUCCAACAAAACCCUAGCUUCUGCGUUCUCGAUUCACGUUACAUCACGCGUCUCUUCACUUUCCGUGACCUCUCACCUCCUCCCACGGCGUCGUUUAACCGUUCUUACCCCGUUACAUCUCCGAAUGAGUUCAGUCUCUUCUUCUCUAACUGUGCGCCUGAAACCUCCGUUUCCAUGGCGGUUCGCACCGAGCUUUUCAACCUCGACGCCGAUGGUUCCUCUGAUUAUCUCUCCGCCGGUCAAACACAGUUGCCUUCUCUCUACUUUCUCUUCUCCAUCGUUUACUUCGGUUUCUUUGGUGUAUGGUUAUAUGUCUGUUACAACAACAAACUCUCCGUUCACCGGAUCCAUCUCCUCAUGGCAACUCUCCUCCUCAUGAAAGCUCUUAAUCUUAUCUGCGCAGCCGAGGAUAAACACUACGUCAAGAUCACCGGAACUCCACACGGUUGGGAUGUUCUCUUUUACAUCUUCCAGUUCAUUCGUGUGGUGUUGCUUUUCACCGUCAUUGUAUUGAUUGGCACCGGAUGGUCAUUCCUCAAACCAUUCCUGCAGGAAAGGGAGAAGAAGGUUCUCAUGGUUGUUAUUCCUCUUCAGGUUUUGGCAAAUCUGGCUUCGGUUAUAAUUGGUGAAACCGGUCCUUUUAUCAAGGAUUGGGUUACAUGGAAUCAGGUUUUCUUGCUUGUUGAUAUCAUUUGUUGUUGUGCAAUCAUUUUUCCUAUUGUAUGGUCGAUUAAAUCACUUAGGGAAACAUCCAAGACUGAUGGAAAAGCUGCUAGGAAUCUCGCAAAGCUAACACUUUUCAGGCAGUUUUAUAUUGUUGUUAUUGGUUACCUUUACUUCACACGCAUUGUUGUUUUUGCUCUCAAAACCAUCACUGCUUAUAAGUAUAGGUGGGUUAGUAAUCUUGCUGAGGAGGGUGCUAGUCUUGUCUUUUACAUUGUCAUGUUUUACAUGUUUAUGCCUGUGGAGAAGAAUGAGUAUUUUGUGCUUGAUGAUGAGGAAGAAGAGGCCGCCGAGAUUGCUCUCAAGGAAGAAGAGUUUGAGCUUUGAAACAAACAAUGGGUUUGGCUCAUUCACAGAUAUUAGGUUCGCGGUACGCCUAUAACUGCAAGUGCAACUACAAUUGUGGUUCAAGUCUGCUAUGCUGUUAGUGCCCUGCUGUUCCUUUUUUUCUUCCUUUGACCCCUUUUUAUUUUCUAACAUUCUAUUUUACAGUUAGAGAUAUUGUAAUACUGCCUGUAUGUUUUUAGAUUUUAUUUUGUAUUUGUUUGGAUUGCUCAAAUUGUAUUGUGCCGAAUAGAAAAAGUCUGUUCAUGUUUGUACUCAAAAUCAAAUGCUUCUUUCACUCUGGGAGAUGAUUGCUCAGGUGCUGUCGA